AUGAUCGUUGGUGGUGUACUUGGCCCAAUAAAAGCUUACUUUGGUACCGUUGUAAGUCAAGGACGAGUGCCAAGAUCAUGGAACACGCCACCACGAUUAUCCCGAGAUAACAUAUAUGUAGUUUUAAGUACAAUCGAUUUGACAGGUUUACAACAAAAUAUAUAUGGACCCAACAACAUUAUAUCAACACCGUUGAAGGAACAAUUUGUUUCAUCGAUUUUGCAUGUGUCUGCAUUGUCAAAUAAACUUUUACAAACACCAACACGUAAUCAAUCAACAUCUGUUAUUAAUGCUUCGUAUAAUGAAUCAAAAGUGAUUCCAGCUUGCUUACCAACUCCAAAUCCGUCGUCAUCUAAUUUUGCAUCACGAUUUCGUGCAGAUGUAGUACAACUUGUUGAAGAUCGUGAUGAUCAUUUACUUCAAGUUAUUUCUGAAGCUCAAGUUGACAAUGAUACUAUCAAUCCUGUACUUUUGCUAGCAAAACAUGAUGUUCAUGGCGAAUACGACAUGGAUGACAGCGAUGACUUGCUUGAGUUAUUAGGCAAUUUAGAUGAAUAUACAACUGCUGCAGUCAAUACCACAAGAAAAACAACAGAAAAUAAAUAUAUUGAAGAAAUUAUCGAAGCAGUCGAGAACGUUGGACGAUUUAAUCAUACGAACACAUAUUAUCAAUCUUCUUUAGAUAUAUCAAUUGAUCGUACUAAUCGACAACUUAUACCGUUCCUUUGUGCAACACCUCAUCUUGUUCAACUCAAUGCAAAAUGGCAAAAACAGCUGAAGAUCGAGAAAGAACGAGUUAGACGAAGUUUAAUUAUAGGGAACUAUGACAAAGAUGAUGAUACAUUGGAUUUAUUUGCUAUAAGAGAUGCCGUUGUAACAGUGGUGAAUCCAAAUAAUUAUAGUACAAACAAUUUUGAAAACUAUGGUUCAAUUCUUCCAGUGCUUAAAGUCAUACAUAACUUUCCUACUCAGGCAAGUAUUAUUAAUGAAUUUACAUUAAACAGAGAACAACGAGCUGCAUUUAUGAUCAUAACAAGUCAUCUUGAUGGUGACAACCGAUGUCGCAUAAGUAUUUUUACAAUACACGUCAUCACAAAUCGAAAUAUACAAUCUGUUUAG